CUCCUCGGCUAGGCUCAGGUCCAAGAAGGUAGCAGAGUCGCACACGCACGCGGAACCGCGUCUUUCAACUGACAAUGAAACCGUAGCCGCGCAACUCAGCUGCUCCGGGCGAAUGGGCGCGAGGCCAAGACGGGGAGGAAGAGAAACGCUGAGCUAAGGCCCGCCUCAGCUCGGGCCCUUAUUGGUGAAUGCGACGACUCUGGACCCGCCCCCUAACGGACCUGUCGCUUUGUGACAGGCGGAGGGGCCAGUUCCUGUUGGGCGAGGGGCGGAGUUAGAGGGUGCCUCAGCUCCGCCCGGACUCCAGGGGGCUCCUCCCCUUGCUCGUCUAGGCUGGGCGGGCGUGAGGGGGAAUGUCAUUGCUUCUCCGAGCUGUGGUGCCGCCUCCGUCUGCUCCUUCUCUGGCGCCCUCGUCCCAUCGGCUUUCGCCGCCGCCGCCACCGCCGCCGCCGCAGCUGCACUGUGGACACGGAUGGCUGGUGGAGCGCGGGGGCCAUCUGGGUUGAGAGCGGUGGUCGUGGCCGCUGCUGAGGCGGAGACUCCCCGCCGCCUCCACCCCCAGUUCCCUGGCCUCGCGGCGCUGAGGGCGGGAGCGCGCUGAGCUCUUCCCUCCUCUUUUUUCUUCCUCCUCCUCCCCCUUCUUCUCCGGGUCCCCGCCCAGGACCCCUCGCUCCAGGCGGCGGCGCCGGCCGCGGAGGAGCGCGAGACCCGCCGCCGGGGCACAACAUGGCGGAGCCCUCGGCCCCAGAGAGCAAGCACAAGUCGUCCCUCAACUCGUCCGCGUGGAGCGGCCUCAUGGCCCUAGGGAACAGCCGGCACGGGCACCACGGGCCCGGGGCCCAGAGCGCGUCCAAGGCGGCGGGCGGCGCGGCGCCGCCGAAGCCGGCCCCCGCAGGGCUGUCCGGGGGUCUGUCGCAGCCGGCCGGCUGGCAGUCGCUGCUUUCCUUCACCAUCCUCUUCCUGGCCUGGCUGGCUGGCUUCAGCUCGCGCCUCUUCGCCGUCAUUCGCUUCGAAAGCAUCAUCCACGAGUUCGACCCGUGGUUUAACUAUAGAUCAACACAUCAUCUUGCGUCUCAUGGAUUCUAUGAAUUUUUAAAUUGGUUUGAUGAAAGAGCAUGGUAUCCAUUAGGAAGAAUAGUAGGUGGUACUGUUUAUCCAGGGUUGAUGAUAACAGCUGGCCUUAUCCAUUGGAUUUUAAAUACAUUGAACAUAACAGUUCACAUAAGAGAUGUAUGUGUGUUCCUUGCGCCAACUUUUAGCGGCCUUACAUCUAUAUCUACUUUCCUGCUUACCAGAGAACUUUGGAACCAAGGAGCAGGACUUUUAGCUGCUUGUUUUAUUGCUAUUGUACCAGGUUAUAUAUCUCGGUCAGUAGCUGGAUCCUUUGAUAAUGAAGGCAUUGCUAUUUUUGCACUUCAGUUCACGUACUACUUGUGGGUUAAAUCUGUAAAAACGGGAUCUGUUUUUUGGACAGUGUGCUGCUGUUUAUCAUAUUUCUAUAUGGUCUCUGCUUGGGGUGGGUAUGUGUUUAUCAUCAACCUUAUUCCAUUGCAUGUAUUUGUGCUGUUACUGAUGCAGAGAUACAGCAAGAGAGUAUACAUAGCAUAUAGCACUUUCUACAUUGUGGGUUUAAUAUUAUCCAUGCAGAUACCUUUUGUGGGAUUUCAGCCAAUCAGAACAAGUGAACACAUGGCAGCUGCAGGUGUUUUUGCAUUGCUGCAAGCUUAUGCUUUCUUGCAGUAUCUGAGAGACCGAUUGACAAAACAAGAGUUCCAGACUCUUUUCUUUUUGGGUGUGUCACUAGCUGCAGGUGCUGUGUUCCUUAGUGUCAUCUAUUUGACUUACACAGGUUACAUUGCACCGUGGAGUGGCAGAUUUUAUUCAUUAUGGGACACUGGGUAUGCAAAAAUACACAUUCCAAUUAUUGCAUCAGUGUCUGAGCAUCAACCUACGACUUGGGUGUCUUUCUUCUUUGAUCUACAUAUUCUUGUAUGUACCUUCCCAGCAGGCCUAUGGUUCUGCAUCAAAAAUAUCAACGAUGAAAGAGCUGGCAAGGUACGAAAGCAUGUGGCAGAGCAAGAAAAGCCAGAGGAGGGCCUCGGCCCCAAUAUCAAGAGCAUCGUCACCAUGCUCAUGCUCAUGCUGUUGAUGAUGUUUGCUGUGCACUGUACGUGGGUCACUAGCAACGCCUACUCCAGCCCCAGCGUGGUCCUGGCCUCCUACAACCAUGACGGCACCAGGAAUAUAUUAGAUGAUUUUAGAGAAGCCUACUUUUGGCUAAGGCAAAAUACAGAUGAACAUGCCCGAGUCAUGUCAUGGUGGGAUUAUGGCUAUCAGAUAGCUGGAAUGGCUAAUAGAACUACAUUGGUGGAUAAUAACACCUGGAAUAACAGCCACAUAGCACUGGUGGGAAAAGCCAUGUCUUCUAAUGAAACAGCGGCCUAUAAAAUCAUGAGAACUCUUGAUGUAGAUUAUGUUUUGGUUAUUUUUGGAGGAGUUAUUGGCUAUUCUGGUGACGAUAUCAACAAGUUUCUCUGGAUGGUUAGGAUAGCUGAAGGGGAACAUCCAAAAGACAUUCGGGAAAGUGACUAUUUUACCCCACAGGGAGAAUUUCGUGUAGACAAAGCAGGAUCCCCUACUUUGUUGAAUUGCCUUAUGUAUAAAAUGUCAUAUUACAGAUUUGGAGAAAUGCAGCUGGAUUUUCGUACUCCCCCAGGUUUUGACCGAACACGUAAUGCUGAAAUUGGAAAUAAGGACAUUAAAUUCAAGCAUUUGGAGGAAGCCUUUACAUCAGAACAUUGGCUUGUUAGGAUAUAUAAAGUGAAAGCACCCGAUAAUAGGGAGACGUUAGAUCACAAACCACGAGUCACCAACAUUUUCCCAAAACAGAAGUAUUUGUCAAAGAAGACUACCAAAAGGAAGCGUGGCUACAUUAAAAAUAAGCUAGUUUUUAAGAAAGGCAAGAAAAUAUCUAAGAAGACUGUUUAAACACACUGUUCUGGUUCCUGACUUGAAGCAGUUGUCCUUGUGAGAACCGGUCUUUGCCUUUAGCUCAUGUCAUGUUUCACAGCAUCAGAGGGUACAGAACUAUCACUGGUCCAGGUUAAUGUAUACAAUUUUCUGGCAAUGCCCGAUUUUGAAAAAUAAAAUUGGUUUAUUGAGAAGAACUGUUUUUGAUUUGUAAUGUGAAGCAAGACAGAGCACUGCUGCAAAUGUCUAGCAGCAGAUUUUUUUUAUUGGUACAUAUUAUACUUCAGAUCUGAGAAUUUGGACUAAUUGCACCAAAGAACCUUCUAAUUUGGUCCCUUGCACAUGCAUACUUGUCAAUGUUUUUAUUCUUUUACAGGACCUGCAUUUUAUUUGAAUUACCUAAAUAGCAAUAUGUAAUACAAAUGACAAAAACUGAUGAGAGCUUCUUGAACCAGUAAAACUAGUACAGGUCUAAAGAAAAGGUAUUAGAAAGGAAAUUAUACAUUCUUGAAAUAUAUUUAUUUUCUUGUUUCUCCAGUGCAAAGAAUGUUUCAUCAAAUGUACAUAUUCUGUCUCAUUGUUUGCUGUAAGAAGCUGCUGUUUCAAAUAUGGACCUCUGAGUAGCUAAUUGAUUCAAAAAGAUUUUUACGUUGAUACAUUAUUACUGCUAUUAGCGGUUGUUUUCACAGGUACUUAUAGAACACAUUUCAUACAUUGUUCAUUUAAGGGCUAAAUUUCUAUCCUUUGGAAAUGAUGGCAACUGCAAGGAAAGUUGCUUACCAGGAUUGGGGUUUGGUACUUCAGAACUGAGGGUGGGACUAUGUUUACAUGCAAAUGUUAAGGAAAAACCCUGUAAAAUAUAUAGGUAUCCAAAGUUCAUUUUCUGUGACUCUUUGGAAUGACAAAGGAUUUGUAAACUUUGCCUGGAAUGUUCUCAUUUUAUAACAGUUUCAUUCAUCACAAUGAUUUUUGAUCUCUGCUCCAUAUUAUAAUACCUUAAGCAUUUGAUGAAACACUCUUUAGUGCUUAUAUGGAUUUUCUUUUAUUAAAAAUGUGACAGUUGUUGAAAAAUGCACUAAAAUAUAAAUGGAGAUUGAACACGUUCACUUUCCAGCUCUUAGGCAACUUUAUACAGACUUGAAAAUUUUCUCCAGUUUAGUAAAAGUGAGAGGGUUUUUCCUGCCACAGGAUAUGGAUAAAACUUUUUUUUAAAUAGCAUAACACACCACUGCUUUUGGUGGAAAAGUACAGACUAGUAUGUACCUUUUAUGAAGAAAAAUGUAAUUUACAAUGUUCAGUGAGAAUGUUACUGCUGAUUUUCUUUUUCAAGGUGUAGAAUAUUCUUUGAUUUAUAGAAUUCAUUUUUGACCCAGAUGAUAGUUCUUUUACAGACCAAUAAAAUGGCUAAACAUUUUUCACAAAGUGUAACUAAAUCUGAAUUUCUGAUACCUUGUCAUUUGGGGGAUUUUAUUUUACUUUGUUGCUUUAAAAUUCAAUGCAGAGAAGUUGUUGACUGUAGGAGAAAUAAAGUUAAUUCAAAUUUUGUGUUAA